ACUUGUUGGGUUUGACGGCACAUGGACAUAGUGAAGUACUUAAGCGUAGUAAUUCACUUUUGGAGUCGGUGUUGGUUUGUUAUUGCUGGUCUUUAUGAAAACAUUUGAGUUUGGGUGCUGUUUUUAAAACAUUUGCGGUUGGAUGAUAUAACAUCGCCGUGUCCUACCAUGCUUGAUGGAAUACUCGAAUAAGUAAUUAUAGAUUGUAGGGCAAAACACAAGGGUGAUUUUUUUUUUAUUUCCAGAGAUUUCCUUUGGUCCACCGGUUCGUUGAAAGGUAUUGGUAAUUUGAAUGGAAGUGGCCUUGAUAAUGAUGCAGCGCUUGUGCUAUGCUUAAAUAGUGUGACAUAGUGGUAUUUUUCUAUUUCUUUGCAUUUGGAGGACGCUGUUAAAAGAAACAAACUCUGCUAUUCUUGCAGCAGAGAUCAGUAUUGAUUGUAGAAACUGUUAACAUUAUUUUUGUAACGUGGAUAGCUAAUCUUGGUGAAAUUGCUAAUCGUGCGUUUGGUUUGGAAGGUUAUCUGGAGUUUUCAGAGUUUUCGUUUUGUAGGACAAUGUGUCGUGACGCCGAACCGGGGCGCCACUGCUGCCCGGUGCUGGUCGGUAGAAGAUUUCUUUGCGUUUUCGGAAAUGAAGGCUCCCUACCGGAGGGAGAAGUAUUUAAAUGGCGGUGGGAGUCUGGGACUAUUGGUGCAGUUUCUCACAAAGACCUCGCUUGUCGACAUCUUAAGGUGUUUGUGGAGUUUGAUGGCGAGCCAUGGGAGAAGAGAAGAUGGCUGGAAGUCUACAGCCAGUUUGCAGUUUUUCUGUUUGAGCACGAUUUGGCUUUAGCAGAAAGAAAAUUUAAAGAGAAAGAGGAGACUACUCAGUGGCCUGCUUUGAUUUAUAAAUGCUUAGUUGACAAAGCUGGUUUAGGAUCCUUUAGUCCUGUGGAGUACUUGGUUGAUCGAGAGAGAGGAUUUCUUUCAGGAAAUAGCUUGAGGCCAUUUCAGGAUGUGGAUAGUUUGAGACCUGCAUUGAAAGCCAGUAAAGAGCUUUCAGAGGAGAUUCAGAAGUGGCACAAGAACCAGUGGGCACAGAAAAACCUGUUGCAAGGUAGCAGAAACUUAACUGGAUCAGAAGUACGUGUAUACAGCCUGGAGCCUCUGUCUCAGUGGUUUACUGCAACUAUUGUGCAAGGUGAUCCAGUCAGGAAGACCGUAAAAAUCAAACGUGAACAGGUUGCACGUACACAAGUUCUCGAUGCUUCAGUUAUUCGGAUUGAAUUUCUGUGUGAUGCUCUGCAAGCUAAUUCCAAGGAAAUUGCUGGUUUGAAAAGAUGCUCUUCUGAUGGAGAGCAUAAUGAAAUCAAACGAAAAUGUAUUGAAACAGAAAAGUCAUGUGCUGAUGUGGACCCUCAAGUUUCUGAUCAUCCAACUGAAGGUCGGAUAGCUGUAUCAAAUGCUCCAUCCCAGGAAAUUCAGCCACCUGUUAAUUUGGGAUAUGCAGUGUACUCGAGAGAUAAUGGUCAAACUUCGAUUAUAGCUGACCUACAAGAACAAACUGAGAAUCUGAGGCCAUUACAGAACAGUCAGGAAGUUUUCAAUGUUGACACUAGCCGUGCUUAUGUGCCAUUAACUGGUCAGAUCGCUGCAAAAUCUGUUUCUGGUUUUGAGGAAGCACUUCUGGGUCAUGCUGCUGCAACCCCUAGUAGUAAACGGACUCUACUGCAAAGUACACCUCCACUGGCAAGUUCACCACCCCACAUGAAUGCUGAAACUCCCUUAAGUUCUGAAGUGGAGUUUUCCUUUAAUGUCCUUCAGAUGUCUAUUCUAGCAAAAUUGGACUCGUACAGAACCCAUCCAGCAGCUCUUGUUGAGUUGUUAAAUUCUGCAUGGUUGACAUUUGAAAAUGAUGUGUACAAUGACGCUGAGUAUGGUACUGUUAAUGCAGAAUCAAAUAUUACCAAAGAGGAAAUACAAGCUUUGAAAGAUUUAAAGAACAAUUCUGGUAUUGUUAUUCGGCCCUCUGAUAAAGGCGGGCCAACUGUCGUUAUGAAUAGUUCCUAUUAUUUUGACACAAUGAUGGACAUGCUCAAUACUGAUGCAUAUGAAACUAUUGACAUGAGUAGUGUGGAUGUGAUUGUCAACAACAUCAGGAGAGCAUUGUUGUCAGGUCAAGGAAGAAUUACAUUGAGUAUAAUCACUUUGCAUGUUACCAAACCAAGAGGGAACAUUUCGCUUUUGUUGGCCGCAAUGAGUCUGGAAGGACAGGAAGAGCUUGGCCAAUCGAGGAAACUGAUUGGCCAGCUCACUGAACUGAUAGAUUUGCUCACUCCUCUUUGUGCAAGUUUGUUGGGGCAACAUGCAGGAAUGCAAGUAAACGGAAACGGAACCGAAAGGUUGAGCUCGAACAGCAGCAAAAGGAAAAGGGAGCUUAUGGGUGAAGAUAAUGACGCCGGCGACCUUGUUGAUGAAAGAGGAACUUGUUUUAAUCCAUACGAUACACCGAGCAUCUUUGGGGCCGAAGCUGAAGGGACUGGAGUAUUAAACGAAGUACUGACAGAACCUGGGGCUCAUGCAAAGAAGCAAAAGUCGAAUGGCUCAUGUACAGGUACUGUUUUUUCUAACAUGAGCGCCACUUCUACAAAUGAAUGGCUAAAGAGAGACUUUUUGUUUAAUAGUAACACAUAUACAGGCACGAAGUACUUGGAUGGAGAGCCUUAUUUUUUAAAAUUAGAUAAGCUUAAGGCUUUAAUGACAAAAUUUAAAACAGUCAAUAUUGAGAAUGCAUAUUUGAAAGAGUGUUUAAAGAAAGAAAUUGUACCCAAAGGACUUCGUGUAUGUAAAUAUCCAAAUAAUGUUGUUUUGGGUUCUGUUUUUCAUACCAGUUUAGUCAAAGCAUUUAAUAGAUGUGGUUUAGAUAUUGUGAGACUUAUUGAAGAAAAUGAAAGGAAACAAGAAUGUUUAAAUAUUGAAAUUGAUGAACUAGAUGCUUGUAUUAAAAAAGACCUAAAACAUGGGAUUAGGACAGAGAGGGAGAAAUAUUAUAAAAUCAGACAGGACAUUGAUGUAAAAUGUGAAGAACUUUUACAACGGAAAAUGGGAAAAUUAAAAAGGGAUAUUAUGGAUUAUGAAACUGGUAAUAAUUAUCCCAAACCACCAUUCUCUAAGUGGGAUUCCAAGGUCAGUAACAACCUUAAAUGGAACAAAAAAGACAUUAGUAACAACAAUUAUAGGAAAGAUAGUUACUAUGACCAGGAAUUCCCCCCACUAGAUAGAGAAAUACAAGGUAAUGCUGCCCGCUCAGUGUUAAAUGAUGACCAGAUACUAGCAAAAUUAUUGAGGAGUGGUGAGGCAUUUGUGCAGGAUGACUCGUGUAACAAUAUUGCACCACAUUUGCAUAAGUGCAGAGAAUGUCGUUUGCUUAACUAUCGAAAAUACAGAGAUCAAGGCGAUAAAGUUUUUUGUAGAUUCUUUCAGUUUAGAAGGUUACAGUUCAAUAAACAUGGAAUUCUGCGAGAAUUGGGUUUCUUGACACCAAAUAAGUAUGACAAAGAAUCUUUAAGUGUUUGGAUGCCGUGUGCUAAUCGUAUUGAAGGUUUGGACCUUGACACAGCGAAAUAUAUUCUAGCUAAUGUUGGAGAUCUAUUCUGCCAGCUGGUUGUGUGCGAGAAGGAGGUUAUGGCUUCAAUAGUACCAUAUAAACAGGUGGUUUGGAAGCAAGCAGUUCGAGGUGUUAGAGACAUGUGUGAUGUCUGUGAAACAACCCUGUUCAACAUCCACUGGGUCUGUUCGAAAUGUGGAUUUGGAGUUUGCCUGGACUGCUACAGGAUGAAAAAAAAUGCUUCACUCUUGGGAACAGGCGAUAUUUUUACUUGGUUCAAGUGUGUGAAGGGUCAGCAGCAUGAACCAGAAAACUUAAUGCCUGCUCAGAUAAUACCUGGAAGAGCUCUUUAUGAUGUUGGAGACAUUUUGCACUCUCUGAGGGGGAAGUGGGGCAUUAAAGCUAAUUGCCCUUGCUCAAAUAAACAGUUUAAAGCUUUGUCAAAGCCUUCUGUAAAGGAAGAAAUUAAACAGGAUCCUGUCGUGCAGCAAUUUUCAUAUAAGCAGACUAGCUUGAACUUGGAAGAUAGUAACAGCAGACCUUCAUAUGCUGUACAGCCUGAGGCUUGCUUUGGUUCUGCAUCAAGUUCUGCAGCAGUCAGUUUUGCCACCCUUGCAAACAAUGUAAACAAAGAAAAUAAAGAUGUAUUUUCAUCUUCCUUCAAAAUGGAGACAAAACAGGGUGGCCAGCUUUUGCCUUUAACCAGCACUUCUGUCAAGCAACCUUCAGCAUUUCAAACAUUCAGUAAUUUGGCUUUGCCAUCAUCAAGCAGUGGUGGCACUUGUAGUUCUGGCUUUCUCAGGGAUCUCCUCAAUUCCAGUGGAGGAAAGCCUGUGAUAGUGUCUGGAAUGCAAAGAAAACUGAAUACAGCCCUUUGGACUCCAGAGUCUUUUAGAGAAGAAUUUGGUGACCAAGAAGUUGAUUUAGUGAAUUGCAGAACAAAUUCCAUUAUUUCAGGAACUACUGUCAGAGACUUUUGGGAUGGUUUUGAGGAUUUAUCACGACGAUUGAAGACAAAAGAAGGUGAGCCAAUGGUUCUGAAGCUGAAGGACUGGCCCCCUGGUGAAGAUUUCAAAGACAUGAUGCCUAGUCGGUUUGAGGAUCUGAUGUCAAAUAUUCCCUUACCAGAAUAUACCAGAAGAGAUGGGAAGCUGAAUCUGGCCUCAAGGCUUCCAGAAUUCUUUGUCCGGCCUGACUUGGGUCCAAAGAUGUACAAUGCAUAUGGUUUAAUAUCAGCAGAAGACAGGAAGUAUGGCACAACAAACCUUCAUUUAGAUGUAUCGGAUGCUGCCAAUGUAAUGGUUUAUGUGGGCAUUCCUAAAGGAGAAAUUAAUCACGAGGAUGAGGUUCUGAAGACCAUCCAGGAUGGUGAUGUUGAUGAGCAGACAAUAAAACGGUUUACUGAAGGAAAUGAGAAGCCUGGAGCUUUGUGGCACAUAUAUGCAGCAAAAGAUACUCCAAAGAUCAGAGAACUGCUUAAAAAGGUAGCACGUGAACAAGGUCAGGAAAACCCUCCAGACCACGAUCCAAUUCAUGAUCAAAGCUGGUACCUAGACAAAACACUGAGGAGGCGCCUGUACCAAGAAUAUGGUGUGCAAGGAUGGGCAAUUGUACAGUUCUAUGGAGAUGCUGUUUUUGUUCCAGGUGGUGCGCCUCAUCAGGUUCAUAACUUGUACAGUUGCAUUAAAGUGGCAGAAGAUUUUGUAUCUCCCGAGCAUGUCAAGCAUUGCUUCUGGCUUACUCAGGAAUUCAGAUAUCUGUCUCAUACACAUACCAACCAUGAAGACAAACUGCAGGUGAAGAACGUUAUCUUUCAUGCUGUGAAAGAUUCCAUUGCCAUUCUGAAAGCAAAUGAGACAAGUCUGUCUAAACCGUAACUCAACCACCAAUUAUCCAGAUGAGCAUUUUUGAAAGAACUGUACAAAAAGCAUUGCAUAAUGCUCUGAGUAAAGUUGUAUUUCCAUUUGAGAUUUGAGAAAUGAAAAUUACAGGAGGAAUGAAUGUCUUAAAGUCACAGAUUUGACAAAGAAAGCCACUUCUUGAUAGUCUUCAUGCACGAAAAAAGCUGCAUUAUGUCUUUUUGAUUAGUUCAACUGUUACCAGAGCAUCUUUGUACAUAGUGACUGUAACCUCAGUUACCAUUUCAAACAAACCAGUAUUAUGGUGCUGUUAACCAUUUGAAAUACAGUUUAUAAAUUCACUCCAAGAACAACAUUGUCUUGUUACACUACUACUGAAUUGUUUUUCCGGGUUGUAAAUUAGUGUACCAAAAGAAAAUGUGUAUACCUCUUCAGUAGCUCUUGAUGUA